AUGGGCGUGUUCAGCAAGAACAUGGACGAGUUUCCUCCUCCCCAGGAGGACGAGGAAGUUCUCGCUUUACAGCGCGAUUGGACGCCAGCUGAGGAAAGGAAGGCAAAGCGCAAGCUCGAUCUCAUUAUCAUGCCGCUUCUCACCUUAGGAUUCUUCUGCCUUCAACUCGAUCGAGGCAAUAUGGCUAAUGCUAUCACCGACAACUUUAUGGAGGAUAUUAAUAUUGACCAAAACCAGUUCAAUAUUGGUCAGCAGAUGUUGUCUCUUGGCAUUGUGCUUUUCGAGAUUCCCUCAAACAUGAUUCUCUAUCGUGUUGGUCCUGGAAAGUGGCUUACACUUCAACUGUUCCUGUUUGGUAUCGUCAGCACGUUCCAGGCUUGGCAAACAAACUAUGCCUCCUUUAUCACAACAAGAUUGCUUUUAGGCAUUACUGAAUCUGGUUUCAUCCCUGGUGGACUGUGGACCCUGUCAACCUGGUACACGAGGAGAGAAACUGCAAAGCGAGUCAUGUUCUUCUACUUUGGCAAUCAAUUUGGGCAAGCUUCAGCCAAAUUGCUCGCUUUCGGUAUCCUGCAUAUGCGUGGUGUCGGCGGCAAAUCGGGAUGGUUCUGGCUUUUCGUGCUCAUGGGUGGCUUCACGAUCUUUUGUGGAUUCAUUCUCGGUUUUUUCUUGCCUGACUCGUUCAAGAAACCUCGAAGCACUUUCUUGCCCAUGAUCAACAUAUUCUCUGAAAGAGAAAUCCACAUUCUCAACACUAGAGUCCUCAUUGAUGACCCAAUGAAAGGAAAGAAAAAGAAGAGCAUUGGGUUAACUGCGUUCAAGAAAGCUUUCUCGAAUUGGAGGGUAUGGGUUCAUGUGAUCAUUACGCUCGCCAACAAUGGGCCACAACGUGCCUUCGAUACAUAUGCUCCCACCAUCGUCCGCAACUUUGGAUUUGGAGCUCUCAGUGCGAACGCCUUGGCUUCAGUCGGUCUCUUCUUGCAGAUUCCAGUCUCUUGGACUUUCAGCUGGAUCUCAGAUCAUUUCAACAGGCGUGGAGAAACUGUCAUAGCUGGGUUCUGUGGUCAUUUGAUUGGUUACAUUUUCAACCGCAUCUUUACGGAGCUCAACAACAGAGGUGCACGUUACUUUGGUGUAAUCUGGACUCAGACUUUCGGCACAUUCUCCCACCCACUUAACAUCACAUGGUUGUCCUUGACAUGCACGGACUCGGAAGAACGCGCUCUGGCAAUGGCGAUGGUUAUUAUGGGUGCCAAUAUUGCCGGAAUUUACGGUGCACAGAUCUUUCGACAGGAUGAUCGACCUCGAUAUCGUCGAGCAUUCAGCAUCGCUUGUGCUGUUCUCGCCGUCGGCCUCGUUCUCUCGAUCGUACGAUACCUUGAUGAUAUCGUUCGUCGUCGCAAGAGUGCAAAGAAUUCCCAAACGGCUGCCAGCGAUACGGACUCUAUGUCACAGACUGAGCGCAAGAUGAGUGCGCCACCUAGUGAUGAUCAACCAGCCGCCUUGGUUCUUGACCAUAAAGGAUCGUUAACUGUUUCUAAUGGUUUGAGGGUAACAACGUAG